GCUCUAUUUCCGGCAGCGCGGGACCGGGCGCUUCCGGCCAAGCGCUACUUCCGGGGGCAGGUUUCCGGCGGGGGCUGGGCUGCAGGGGCAUAAGAGGGUUGCUGAAGAUUGUGACAAUGGCUGGUCGCAGAGCUGCUAUAAAAGCAAUUGACUGGGCAGCAUUUGCUGAGCGAGUGCCUCCCAAUCAGAAAGCCCAAUUCAUUGCCCUGAAAUCACGCAGUGAUGCUCUCGCAGCCAAGCUUGCUUCUUUGCCAGAUACUCCCCCAACCAUUGACUGGGCGUUUUACCGGACUGCAGUUGCCAAACCUGGUCUGGUAGAUGAAUUUGAGAAGAAGUUUAAGGCACUCAAGGUUCCUGAGCCUGUGGAUACCCAAACAGCUAAAAUAGAUGUGCAAGAACGAGAGGCGGCCAAAGAUGCUGCUGCUUUUAUACAAGCAUCUAAAGAGCGUGUUGUGAAAUAUGAGAAGGAGCUUCAGAAAUAUAAAAAUAUGGUUCCUUUUGAGAACAUGACCUUGGAGGAAUACUAUGAGGCAUUUCCUGAAACAAAGAUGGAUAAAGAGAAAUAUCCAUAUUGGCCACAUAGGUCGACUGCUGAGUGGUAGAUACUGGCUGUCUAAAAGCACUUUGCUCAUUCUUCGGGAACCUGUCCAAUAAAGUGAUUGUUCUGGAUACUUAGAAA